AUGAUUUAUGUAAUCAGAGGCAGUGGAAGAAUUCAAAUAGUUGGCCUUAAUGGACAAAUAGCUUUAAAUAGCAAAAUGGAAGCAGGUCAGCUACUUGUCGUGCCAAAAUUCUUUGUUGCAGUGCAAAUAGCAGAUGCACAAGGCAUGGAAUGUUUCUCCGUAGUCACUUCUUCACGGCCAAUAUUUGGGAAGUUAGCUGGCAAUGCAUCAGUGUGGAAAACUUUACCUUCAUCUCUUGUACAAGCCUCACUCAAUAAAGCAACACCAGCGGCAAGUUUGAUUGCAGAUGCAGCUACUACACUGCAUACUAAAUAUCUUGAGUGUGAUACUUAUGUAGAAAAAUCAUAUGCAAACGCGACGAGGAGGUUAGCUGCACGGAAAACGCCAAAUCUAACCUCUUCCUAUUAUCAAAUAUGCACCCAUACGGCCAUGCAACAACGUUGUACAAGGGAGAAAUCAUUUUCCACAUGGCUAGGGUCAGGAUUUUAG